GUGGAGAAGCACAACAGCCGCACUGACGCUUGGAUCGUCUUGAACGGCGAGGCUCUCGAUGUAACGAACUGGAUUCCGCUCCACCCCGGUGGAGAACAAACCAUUUCUGCUUUCCUGGGCAAGGACGCGUCCACGGAGUGGAACAUGAUCCACCAGCCCGGGACGGUGGAGCGGCAUGGGCGCUUCGUGAAGAAACUGGGGCCUGUCGCCAGCGCUGAGCCUCCGGCGACGGUGCAGGGAGCUGCUGGCUACGGUUCCGGCUCCUUGGAAUAA